UAUACUGUCCACUUUGAUUGUUGAAUGUUAUAACAUCUUCAGUCAUUUAUCGACAGCAAACAGAGAUACAACGUAAAUUUUUAAACGAAUAAUUUUGAAUUUAUUUUCUACUUUUUUGACGAUUUAACGAUACAAAAUGCAAAGCGAUCAAAUUAUUGAGAAAAUACGUAAUAAAUUAAGCGAAUCCGAUCCUGCUAAACGUACGGUCAUGAAUAUAUUUCAAUUUCAUUUCACUGAUUCCGAAGGACAACUAAUAAAAAGCGUGGUUUUUGAUUUUAAAGAAUUGAACAUCUAUGAGGGCAAUUGUUCCGAACCUGAUGCCGAAGUUACAAUAAGUGAUGAAAACUUCUUUAUGGUGGGUUCCAAACAAACUUCAUUUGAUGAUCUUAUAGCCGAUAACAAGGUCAAAGUUGAAGGCGAUAAGGAGGCUUUCCAAAAAAUGGUAGAGAAAAUCCGUUUAAAUUCGAAAACAGAAUAAUAAUAUAAUGUUUUAGUUUUUGUUUAACAUGACUGUGUAAUUUUAAAAACCAAAACUAACUUGUAGUGGUGAUAUUAAAAACCUAUUUCUUCAUAAAUAUUGCAUGCUUAAUUAGCGAAUAUUUGUCGAAAUGUUUGAAUAUAAUAUAUUUUAAAUAAACUACUGCUAUUUAGAGUAUUUUUUAUAAACCA